AUGUUUGACGCGGUUUGCGGGUUCCUGAAGUUGACGGUCGGCUACAGUGGCGGCAACACGCAGAUGAAGCUCACGCACGAGAGCGUGCGGACGGGCACUCCGACGCCCACGCAAUCCGCACAGAGUUCGACCCUGAGCCGAUCGCCUACGACGCCGUCCUCACCCACUUUGGCACACGUGAGCGCACGCCAGCGCCAGUGGGCGUGGCGCUUGCGGAGGAGACACAAUACCAUACUCCGCACUACGAUACGCAGUGCCACUACGCGCAGUACUACUAGACGCAUUUCUACUCAGCAGCCUGGCACCACUGUUAUGCAGGACUGGUCGGCAGUGUGGCACCACGACCAGGAACAAGAGAGAUGCUUUGCAAGCGCGCCCCAGCCAAGGCGCCCUGGACGUCCGCGCCGCGCGCAUGGAGGAGUGACCCGACGCGGCGAGGCACCACCGGAAGAUCUACCGCUCCCCACGGUGGAGGGUCGGAGCUGUCUCAGCGGGUUCGAGGCGGCCCAGCGCUGGCUGCGGCCAGCAGGAGCGGUGGGCAGGGUCGACCAUCGAGGACAAAAGAACGCCUGA